AUGCUUCGGCGGCUGGGGGCGAACGACCGUCCGGCGGACGUCGUCGUUGACGUGGGGUCGAUUGCGGGGCCAGAAAGCAUGUGGUCCAUCACAGUGGGCCGCGCGCGCGACUGCGACCUCUCCAUCGACUCCCCGGCGCUCCCACAGAUGAUCUCGCGCAACCACGCGGAGUUCCGCGUCGACCUCCCGUCAAUAAGGGUCGUGGACAAGGGGUCCACCAACGGCACGUGGAUCAACGAGCAGCGCAUCACGCCGAACGAGGAGGUCCUCCUGCGCCACGGCGACAUGCUCAGCUUUGGCGGGCCAGCGUGCGUCACGCGCCAGGACCGCGACUACACCAACCCGUUCCGCUUCUUCUUCGACGGGAUUCCCUCGCACGUCAUUGCGCGGUCCGGCACCGUGGAGCACAUGCGCCGCAUGCUCGCCACCACGCCGCAGGACCUGUACACCACCGGCGUCGAAAAUUACACGUGCCUGCACGUCGCCGUCACCCAGAACAAGGAGGACACCGUGGCGUUCCUCGCGCAGCACUGCAGGCCGCUGCUGUCCGCGCGCACGUCCACGGGCCUGUCCGCGCUCCACCUCGCCGCCGACGCCGGCCGCCCCAGCAUCUGCAAGCUCCUGAUUGACAGCGGGGUCGACCUGAUGGAGCCGAACAACGUGGGCUUCACCGCCGCGCACAUCGCGUGCAUCCGCUCGCACCUGCCCGUCCUGCGCUUCCUCGUCGACGAGCGCAACUUCCCGGUCAACUUCAUCCUCGGGGAGGACCGCCGCGGGCUGCUGCACUACUCGGCGUUCUACGGGUCGCUGCUCGUGCUGCGGUUCCUCCUCGAGCGCGGCGCGGACCCCAGGCUCGUCACCGCGCGCGGCCGCGGCCCGCUGCACUUCGCCGCGAUCCGCGGGCACGUGGACACUGCGCAGUGCCUGAUUGAGGUGGGCGGCGUCGACGUCAACCAGCGCGACAACGGCGGCGUGACGCCGCUGCACAUGGCCGCGGAGCACGGCGCCGAGUCGGUCGUGCGGCUCCUCGUGCAGCUCGGCGCGGACGUGAACGCGCGCACCAACAACGAAAUCACGCCCACGCGCAUCGCCACCACGUUCGGACACACGGCGAUCGUCAACUUCUUCCGCAACGAGGUCGGCGUGAACGAGCCGAUGUACCCCGGCCCGGACGCGGCCGUCGGCUCGCACCGCGCCAUGUCGCUCUCGGGGUACCCGCAGACGCAUGGCGCUGGCGGGGGCGCGCAGGCCACCGAGGGCGCGCGCGGCGGCGCCACGCAGGCCGCGGCCAACGCCGCGCGCACGGGCACGGGCGGGCUCUUCGGCGUCGACGCGCCCGCGCUGCAGACUGCGUUCCGCACGUCCAACGUGAUGGUCCCCGCCCCCAUGCCCCCCAUGAUGCCGUCCAACGUCAUGACCCCGCUGGUCAACGUGCGCACUGCGCUGCCGGCCGCCGCCGGUGCUCGGGGCGCAACGCCCGUGCGCGACGCCACGCCGGGCGCGGCCCAGGCGGGCCGUCGCGACGUCAUGCUGCCCGCCGGCGUCGUCCGGAUGCCGGGCGCGACGGCGGUCGGCGCGGCCGGGGAGCGCGAGCGAGACGGCGCGGGUGCCAACGAGGCGGCGGCGGAGGCGGACGCGGCGGUGUCGGAGGCACCGCCGGCGGGCGGCCAGCGCCCCCCGAGCGACGCGCGGGCCAGCGCCGGCGGCACGCCUUUGAUCGUCGGCCGCCCGACUGCGGUGCCGGCCCCCGCCAGCGCCGCCGCCGUGGCGGUCUCCUCGGCGCACGAGGUCGCGCCAGCCGCCCCCGCCGACGCCGCCCCGCAGCCCGCCAGCAGCGCCAGCCGCGGCCUCACGGCCAACAUCGUCGAGGGCGCGUCGCAGCGCGGCAUGCAGAGCGAGUCGCGGUCCUCGCGGAAGAAGCGCCGCGUCGACGACGACGACGGCGAGAUGUGCUCCCCGGACACCAUCGAACGCAUGGUGGCGGACGUGGAGCGUGGGCUGGCGGCGGGCAGCCACAAGGACGCCGAGGACGUCCUGCGGGGCGCGUCGAAGGGCAUUCUCAAGCAGGUGCUGCGGCACGCGACGGACGCGGAGAAGUACGGCGUGGCCGAGGUCGUGGUGACGAUCCUGCGCACGAUGCCGGCCACCUCGGCGCAGGGCGGUGCGAGCGGCGCCGCGGGCGCGCCGUCGGCGAAGCGCCGCCAGGGCCUCGAGCGCUGCAGCCUCACCUCGGACGCGACCCCGGACCGGCCCGCGAGCGACCCCGCCGGCCCCGCGGACAAGCGGCGUCUGGCCAUGCGGUCGCCGCCCAUCAAGGGCACCGUCACGACCGGGGGGGCGGCGGCGGCCCGCGCGGCGGCCCCGGCGCCCGUGGCGCCCGCGGCGCACAACAACACCACGCAGCAGGUCAACCCGGGCGCGGCGCUCGACCUGGUGUCCCAGCGGAUGACGUGCGCGAUCUGCUUCGAGGUGAUGGUGGCGCCGCACAUCGUGACGCCGUGUGGGCACACGUUCUGCGGCGCGUGCAUCUGCCAGUGGAUGGUGCAGCCGGCGAGCGCGUCCAUGACGUGCCCCAAGUGCCGCGCGGCGCUCUCGGGCCCGCCCGCGCCCUCGAUCGACCUGGAGUUCUUCACGCAGGACAUCCUGCUGCCGACUCUGGCCGCGGAGCAGCGGCGCGACUGGCACGCGCGGAAGGCUGACUGGGACGUGAAGAAGGACCGGCUGCUCGAGGCGGUCGCGGAGAACGUGCGCCGCAUGGGGCGCACCGUGCAGGGCGUCGACGACAACCUGCGCGGGCUGAUCGAGCAGGCGGUGCAGAUGGCGCAGCAGCACAUCCAGACGCGGCGCAUGAUGUCUGCGCAGCGCGGCGCCGGCGGCGGCCUCGUGGCGCGCGGGAGCACGAUGGUGUCGAUCCCGACGGGCACCAACGCGCCCAUGCCCAUGGUGGUCUCUGUCAACCGGUCGGCGUCGUCGCUCGCGCCGGGGCUGCGCGCGGCGCCGGCGGGGCAGCCCUUCCCGCCCGCGGGAAUGGGCGGAGCGGGCGGCGGCGCGGGCGCGGCGGUGGGCGGGGCCGUGACGGCUCCAGCGAUCGUGGAGUACGUGCGGCUGUCGCGGAUGGUGUGCACCGAGUGCGGGCAGGGCAUCGAGCAGGGCGAUCUGCGCGUCGGGACGGUGGCGGCGGAGCGGCGCAGCAGCGUGAACUGGACGCACUUCCGCUGCGUGAGCCCCCAUGCGUGGUCGGCGCUGCGCAGCGUGAACGAUCUGGUCGGGCUGUCGGCGCUGCGUCCAGAGGAUCGCCAGAUGGUGGAGGAGCGCGUCAGCCAGGGCCGCGGCGGUGCGCCGGACCUCGUACGUGCUGACGCGAACGGCACCGCUGGCAACGACGGCAACAACGGCAACAACGCCAACGCAUCUUGA